CUGUUAUCCCACUUCACUGAGCUAGCUAGCAAAGAACCCAAGCGGGCUUAGCUGCUUCGGUACUGGUAUAGUGUUACCACUUUAGUCUGCCGUGGAGCAGUCGGUUUAAAGCAGUGCAGUGGUUUAAAUUACGUUUUGUUUGUUUUGAAACAGUAGCCUCAACUUGAGAUGGGAAUGUACCCCGGUUCACUGAGUUAGCUAGAUUCUCUCAACGGUUAAAGUAAAAGGUUACAGAAGCCGAUUCUUGCUAGUUAUUUUUGCCUUAAUGUUAGCUACUUAUAUGAUAGCCAUGUAACUGUUAGCUAACGGUAGUCAGUUCAGAUCAUGCAAAGGUCUAGCUCCCUACAAUGUGGGGGUUUAACACGGUUGAUUUUGUUAGGGUGAGGGUUUGUCGAGCUCUGAUCUGUGAUGACCAGCUGCUAGUAACUUAAACGUUAGCCUGCGAUAAUGUAUUGUAUCGUUGUGUGGGUAAGGACUAGCAUUGAUUGCCUUUUGGUCAACCAGUACAGUUGUUGACGGGGUUAGCAAUUGACUGCUGGAGCACCGGCACGUAAGAGCAGUUCAAGAGGGGUCUUCGUUAGCCAAGCUUCCAUUACCGGUGCUAAUAAUCUAACCAGUGGUACAUUUCUCGUUAGCUGCUGACCGUGGUGCUGGAAGAGGGUUUCAUUAGCUAGGUAUAUCCUGCUGAUUGAGCCGAAUCCGCUUGAUGGAACGACAGAUUGCUAGACAGUGCACUCUGGACCCCGGCCAGCCCCAGCAGCGCCCUCCUCUGCUGGACUAGAUGCUCCUGGCCCAGGCUGCCUGGCGGAGUGACGUGGUUGGGCGAAGCCGAGACCAUGGUCCUGAAUGGCAGGCGGCAGCAGCAGGCGGCGGGGCAGGCCAGGCCUCCAUCCUCCCAGCGCUCUCAGCUACGCUACGGAAGGAGCUCCCCGAGCGCACGCAGGGCCAGCCGCAGGGGGUGUGGAGCAGGAGCUCUGGAGGGGGAGCGGCGCCAUGUUCCCUCCUCGGGGAUGACGGCCAGGGAGCUGUGUGAGAACGAUGACCUCUCCACCUGCCUCAUCGUGGAUCCGUACCUGGGCUUCAUGACACACAAGAUGAACCCCAGGUUUCGACCAAUCAAAGGCCGGCAGGAGGAGCUGAAGGAUGUGAUUGAGCGUUUAAAGAAGCAUGACAACCUGGAAAAAGCCUUCAAGGCCCUCACGGCCGGAGACUGGACGCGCAGCCAUCUCCUGCACAAGACCAAGGCUCAGGAGAAACUCUUCAAAGAACACGUAUUUGUUUACUUGCGCAUCUUUGCCACCAACAGCGGUUUUGAGAUUUUACCCUGUAAUCGCUACUCGUCAGAGAUGAACGGAGCCAAAAUAGUGGCGACUAAGGAGUGGAAGCGCAAUGAUAAGAUCGAGUAUCUGGUGGGCUGCAUCGCCGAGAUGACUGCCAGUGAGGAGAAGACCCUCCUUCGCCACGGCGAGAACGACUUCAGCGUUAUGUACUCCACACGCAAGAACUGCGCUCAGCUGUGGCUGGGGCCUGCUGCCUUCAUUAACCACGACUGUCGGCCAAACUGUAAGUUUGUGUCCACAGGCAGAGACACGGCUUGUGUCAAAGUUCUCCGAGACAUCGAGCCGGGCGAGGAAAUCUCCUGUUACUACGGAGACGGCUUCUUCGGUGACAACAACGAUCUUUGUGAAUGCUACACCUGUGAAAGGCGAGCCCUGGGUGCGUUUAAGUCGAAGGCCGGCCUGCCCGUGUCGGCCCCAGUCAUCAACAGCAAGUACGCCCUGCGGGAGACGGACCGGCGCCUCAACCACCUCAAGAAAAUGGGCGAGAGCAGCCAGCACUCAGACACACACUCCGUUGGCUCACACACCGACGCAGACUCUCAGGAAUCACCACAAACACACUCGUCGCAGAAGCGCUUCUCCAGCGCCAGUGUGAAGCUGAGCCGAACCCGAACCCAAACCCGCCAGGACCAGAACUCUCUGUCUCACCCUCUCUCCUCCGCCGCGCCUCCCAAAGCCACUUCAGUCUCCAGCAGCAGCAGCAGCAGCAGCAGCAGCAGCAGCGGUCGCCGCCGCUUACCCAAGAGGCAUCAUCGCUCCCGGUCCAAACGGGCCCCCCCCUCUGCAACCACCCCCACCCCCACCCCCACCCCCACGAGCGUCCGCUUGCGUAGCCAGGUCCGUGUCCGAGGGGGGGGGCAGCAGCACAAGACGCCCUCGGCGCCCCCCAGGACCUCCAGACCAGCGCUGUGCCACAGCAUCAAGCAAGAGGCGGACGAGGAGGCCGGGGUGGGGGGGGGUGUGAGGGCGGCGCAGGGGUCGGAGGUGGAGCAUGUGUGUGGCUACAGGACUCGCAGGCUGACACGCACACUGCUGAAGGAGCGGCAGCAGGAGGAGGCUGCAGCCGAGGGGUCAGGGGUCGAGGCGGGGUCAGGGGUCGAGGGCUCAGAGGUUGCGGGGUCAGAGGUCGAGGGGUCAAGGGUGGAGGGCUCAGGGGUCCAGCAGGAGUCCCACGACGCCGACACCACGCAUGUGGGCGGGGUCAUCAUCAAGACGGAGCCGGCGGACAUGGAGGAGUACCUGCAGCACGGGGUGGGUGUGGCCACGUCCAGCCAGCAUCCCCCCCCAGCCAAUCACAGCACGCGGGCAAAGUCACGACGACGACUGACCCGUCUGCAAUCUGAUAGGACAGUCAAACAGGAAGAGGAGGGGCCUCUGUGCCCCCCUCAGCCCUUCGUCCCUGCAGACUCUUGCCCCUCCCCUUCCCCCAGUCUCAGGACGCUCAGCCAAUCAGUGAGCUCAAAGGACUCGAGUCGUCGCCGCCAUAAAGGCGCUCCGUCGAGGCGCAAGGGGAAGCGGAGACGGAAGCGGCGUCUGGUUCGGUACGACGCCCUGCUGAUCGAAGACAUCAGCGGCAUCCCCAAGCUCACCCUGCGUCGCCGUAGCGACAGCGGCAGCAGCAGGAAGAAGAGCCGCAAGGCGGCGGCGGCGAACGCAGCGAGCUCUCAGAAGAGCCACCGGCACUCUUCCUCUCCUCCCUCUUCCUCCUCCGCCUCCAAAAUCAGCAUCAAGUUCCGGAAGAAGCGUCACGCCGACUGGGGCGGGGCUUAUGUGGCGCACCUCAACAACGGCGGCGUAUCCCACGGCAACCACACCAAGCUGAAGAUCCAGCUGAAGCGGGAGGAGGAGGAGGAGGAGGAGGAGCAGCAGGUGACUCAGUCACACACCGCCCUCGCAACCAGCGGGCCGCCAGGGGGCGCCAGAGAGGCGCUGAAGCAGCACGAAACACACGGCAGCAGCAGGAGCCGCCGCCCCCACCCUCCUCCCCCCACGCCUUCUUCCUCAUCGGAGGAGGAGGACGAGGAGGACGAGGAAGAGGAGGAGGAGGAGGACGAGUUUGAGGACGACUUCUUCCCACUGCCUGCGCCAAAGCGCCUGCGGCUGAUCGUGGGGAUGGAGUCCAUCGACAUUGAUAUCUCCUCCAGGAGGAGACAAGACCAGGCCAUGCGCCUCCACACAUAGGAGGUCACAUGACUACUCCUGUAGGGUCACAUGACCUGGUCACCUGACCUCCCACCAUCAGCGCCACAGGUGUUCAGCACAGGUGUUCAGCACAGGUGUCGAUGGAAAAAAAGGGUUUUUAUUCUGGAAAGGACAACAUGUCGUCCUGUAUGGAACUUUCAUUCCAAUCAAUGGAUGUUCUGUAAAUUAUACAAAAAACAAAAGAAUCAUACCAUAAAAGUCAAAGCACUUCUGUUUUUGUAAGAUAACAAGGAAGAUGUAGAAUAUUAUAAGUGUUGGGAAAAGCUGCCCAUGCAGAUUUAUAUAAAUAUAUAAUUUUCUUUUUUUUUGUAUUUGCUUUGGUGCUGUUUUGGUGAGACUGAAUUUGUUUUGUGAAAGGUCGAGGGAACUGUUCCUGUUCCUGUUCCUGACCAUGCAGGUGUAAGAGGGAGAUGAAGGUCUAAGGGCAAGCAGUGAUGCUGAAGUGUGUGUGUGGCUUUGGAUAUGUCUCACA